CAGUUCUUAGUUUUUAUCCAACGCGGAAAUGGCUAACAAAGAAAAGAUUCUUGAAGAGGACAUUAACCUACCGUAUUAUCAUGGUGCACUCAUGAACCAGGAUGCUGAUCAGCUUCUAGUUAAUGACGGUGACUACAUGAUUGUUGUAAAAAUGAAUCAGGAAUUGAACAAAAUGCAACUCUACUUGGCUGUUCGUUUGAAAAAAGGAAUACGUCGUUUCGAAAUCAAACGGAAUCCGACUUCUGCAAAGAUUGGGGGAAAAUCAGCUCCUAAUAUUGGGAAGCUGGUUGACUCAAUGCAAAAAGAAACUAUGGAAAUCAAAGGAGAACGGGUGAUCUUGAAACGUGCGAUUCCCAAGGGAAAGUUCCAAUUAAUGCAUAAAGAUGUGGACUUUAAAAAGAAGCUUGGUAGUGGAGCCUACGGAACCGUCUAUCUUGGCCGUCUCACCAAGAACAAUACCAAAAUUGCUGUAAAAAAACUUGACACUGAAGGAAACGACGAAGAAUCAUUAGCCGAGAUGAUGAAGGAAGCGAGAGUUAUGCAACUCUAUGACCAUCCAAAUAUUGUAAAGUUCUAUGGAUACAUUGUUGAUGAUAUUCCAUACUUGCUGGUUCUGGAGCUUUGUAACGGUGGAUCGGUAGAGGAUAAACUAGUGGAAAAGGGAGCCAAGUUGAGCACAAAGACAAGGAUCAUGUACACUUAUCACGCUGCAUGUGGGAUAGAGUACUUGCACAAGAAGAAAUGCAUCCACCGCGACAUUGCCGCUCGAAACUGUCUCAUUCACAAGGAAAUCGUCAAAAUUGCUGACUUUGGAAUGUGCCGUGCCACGUCAAUCUACAAAGUCGACUUGAACAAACCAACCAAUACCCGUUGGUUGGCACCAGAAGUUUGGGAUAAUGGAGAGACACGUGACAAUACGGACAUCUUCGCGUUUGCAAUAACUAUGUGGGAGUUCUUUGAAGUGCCAUAUGAUUCCCCUUAUAGUGAGUGGAAAGGUUAUAUGGUGAAGCAAAAAACUCGGGCUGGCUAUCGGCUUCCGACUCCAAAAGGAAUGCCAUGGGAUAUUGAAGAAAUAAUGAAACUGUGCUGGCACGUGGAUCCAAAUCAACGCCCGACGGCUUCCGAAUUGAGAGAGAAGAUUGAGGAGACAAUGGCCAAACCCGAAUCAUCAGCAACUCCUUUGAAUAAGAGCAAGAGUCAAACUAGCAAUCAUUAGAGAUCUCCUUACCAGUGAAUGUUUGAAUGAAAGUGUUUUGAAAACUGCAUG